UUUUUAUUAGUUUGUAAAUGUGUCUAUAUAGAUUAUUAUAGUUAGCUAAAACCAGCGUGUCUUCAUGCGCUCAGGCCGAUCCGCUGUGUGUGUUUCAGGUGUUCUGGAGAUCAGGACGGUUUCGGAGGGCGGUGUGUUGGCCAUAAAAGGACUGAAGAGCCAGUAUUAUAUUUCCAUGAACCGCACCGGAAUGUUACAGGGCAAAAAAGACUACAACGACAGCUGCAACUUCAAAGAAGUGUUUUUAGAGAACUACUACACGGCGUACUCGUCCGUCAGAUGGACUAAAAACGGCAAAGAGAUGUUCAUCUCUCUGUCACAGAAGGGCCGGCCGCUGAGAGGAAAGAAGACGAGGAAGGAGAGCAUCUCUUCUCACUUCAUCCCUCGAAAGUGCAGGGAAGACGAGAAGAAGCUGGCGUGAAUAAGAUCUGUUCUGAUUUACUACUACUCUGAUUCCUCAAGCUUUAGCCAUAAAUCAUUCAUGCUUUCACUCUCUGAGAAGCAGUGGGUACAACUGCAUAUAUGCAAGUGUUUUGGACUCAUGUAAACAAACAGUUAUAAAUACUCAUCUAAGCUAUUUUUAUAUUUCAGAGAGAUGUUUAUGUUAGAGCCCAUGAGAAUGAGAACACCAAAUAAACACUGCAAUGCAUUUAUACGGAUGAUUAUUCUCAUUAAACAGCAGUGCUUUAGAUCACAGCGUUUAUAGCGCUCCAUUUAUACUGCAUAAACACAUUUACAUGCCUUCAACAUUCAUCCUGAGGAGUUUAGGUUUUCAUUUAGUUUCAGACAUUCCCUUCUCAUUUCCAGUCCAGUUCAGUGAGAAAAUAAUAGCAGUUCCCUUGUUUUAUUUCAUUUUGACUUUUUUUUUUAAUCUUUGGGUUUGGCAUUUUUGCCAUGUGUUAUUUUCAUUCUAAAAAUCGCAUGCAUUUCACGUCAGUGAGUGAUUCAUCAGUUCUAAGGAAUACAAUGUUUGUCUUCAUAAUCUUCCAUCUAAAUAUCAUAACGAUUUUCCUUUUCAUCAUCAAUCCACCUUCAUAUUGAGACCCUGCAGUCAGUUUCUCGGCGCUCGAAUGCGAUCGUGUCCAUGUGUUGUUGUGUGUUAUUUAUGAUAUUUAUGUGUCGCUGGCUCUGAGAUCAUGAACGCAGUGAAUCGUCUGUAUUCUGGAUCGCUGUGCUGCAAACACACACAGAGUUUGCACGAGUUUAUAA